CCACAGCAGAGCUUGCGACUGAAAUAUUUAGUAAUUUUGCAAAAUAAUUAAAUAAAUAAUAGAAAUUUGCCCAACAAAGGUCGAAUUUAUCUUCCUCGACCAUGACGUUAGUCUUAAAAGUGAAUUGUCGAGCCUGUAGUCGAGAGUGUGGAGACUACAAGCAUCUGCUGGAUGAAACCUUGAUCGAUGAUGAGGCCACAACGCUGGCCGCCCUCCUAAACUACUGCACAACAAUUGAAUGUUUCGAUGAAAAUGAUGCAUUGCCACUGCCGGAACAUAUCUGUAAUAGCUGCGUGGAACAUUUGCUACAAGCGUACCUUUUCAAGGAAAUGGUCUUGGAAAACGAUCGAAUGUUAAGGGAAAAUCUAAAACUUGAGCUCGAGGCGUCAAAAUCUAAUGAAGUUAUAAUUCGGGAAGUGAAUAUGCUGAGUGAUCCCAAAUUAGAAUCACAAUCACAAGAAAUGAUGGAAGAAAGUGCCUUUGUGGAGCAAGAAAUUGAUGUGGGAGGAGCAGAAGAGGAAAAUCUUAAAGAUUUUUUGACCUUAGAGGAACAGAAUGAGAAUGAAGAUAAUGACGGCGAACACCAGGAAGUAGACAGUCAAAAGGAAAUUGAAGAUGUAGUUGAAUAUGAAAUGGAGGAAUGGUUAGACAUUGAAGAUGGACCCAUAACGGCUACAUCUGGAGUUGUGGAAACGGAACAACAGGAUGUGGGCCAUGACCAAGACGAGGAGGAUGAUGUAAAAUCAAUAAAAAUAGAGAAUAGCCAAAGGGAUAAUGAGGAUGACACGUAUAUUUUGGGUGAUGGGCCUUAUCACAGCGAUUCGCAGGAUGAUUCUAAAGAUUCCAAAAAUGAAAAUGAAAACACCCAGCAUGAACAGGACGAUGAAGAGGAAGAGGACGACAAAAAGCCGGAUGAUGGCAAAAAAUCCAGGAAAAGGUUUUUAAAGUCUGGAGGUUUGACAGAAGAAGAUCUAAAAUGUCAAUACUGUGGCAAACAGUUUGACAAAAUGUGCCGCCUCAGAGAACAUACCUACGUCCAUACAGGCGAAAAGCCGCACGAAUGUAAAAUCUGCGGAAAACGUUCGCGUACAAAAACGCAUUACAACGUUCACAUGCUGACGCAUAGCGAAGAGAAGCGAUAUCGUUGUAGCAUAUGCGGCCAACAUUAUCGCACUUCGACCAGCCUGCGAGUGCACGAGCGAAAGCAUUCCGACAUUCGACCCUAUGCCUGCACAAUAUGCGACAAAAGCUUCCACACUGCGGAGCAGAAAAAACUCCACAUUAUGAUACACACGGGAGAACGACCUUUCAGCUGCAAUAUAUGUGGCAAGGCCUAUCGUGAAAGUCAUUCCCUUAAGCAGCAUUUUCUAACGCAUGGCGACAAGAAACCUUUUGAGUGUGAAAUUUGUGGCAAAGGUCUGACGCAGAUGUCUGGCUACAAGCGUCAUAUGCUUUUGCAUACCAAUGAAUAUCCCUACACCUGUGAUGUGUGCGGACGACCCUUUAGGAUUUCUAGCAAUUUAGUAGCCCACAAGCGUCUGCAUUUGGACGUCAUGCCAUAUCAGUGUUCACUGUGUGACAAAGGAUUCAAUAAUACAACGCGUCUCAAGCGGCAUAUGGCCCAGCAUGAGAAGGAAACCGUCAAGGAAACAAAUAAGCCACGCAGACCUCGCCAAGAAACCAUUAUUGUGGAUACGAAAAUGUGCAAAUCAAGAGUUGUGGAAAUUAUUUAGUGUUAGUCGUGCUAUAUUUACAAUUAUUUAAAUAUUAAAAUUCUUUUGUACAAUUGCGAUGGUA